AUGGCAUCUACGUUAUGGCUGAUCUUAUUACUCACCCUCACAUGUCCUCUAGCAGCUGAACCCAUUGAUCUUAAGACAUACAUCGUGUACAUGGGUGACCUUCCGAAGAGUGAUUUAUCCGUGGCAUCACUUCACCGUAACAUACUAGAAGAUGUUGUUGGCAGCCGAGCUUCAAAAUCUUUACUACGGAGCUACCAGAGAAGCUUUAAUGGCUUCGUGGCCAAGCUCUCAGAAGACCAAAAAAACAAAAUGGCUCGAAUGGAGGGAGUGGUGUCUGUGUUUCAAAGCCAAACAAGGAAACUGCAUACAACAAGGUCAUGGGACUUCAUGGGCUUCCCUCAAGAUGUUAAAAGAGCACCCCUUGAAAGCCACGUCAUCGUCGGUAUGCUAGACACCGGAGUCUGGCCGGAAUCCGACAGCUUCAAGGACGAUGGAUUUGGUCCUCCACCGCCCAAAUGGAAAGGCUCAUGCGAUUCCAUCAAUUUCACCUGCAACAACAAACUCAUCGGAGCAAAAUACUACAAGACCGAGGAGAGUGCAGUCGGAGACGAGGAGCUGUCAGCAAGAGACACCGAUGGCCAUGGCACGCACACGGCAUCCACCGUGGCCGGACGUGCAGUGAACAACGCCAACUUGUUAGGUCUAGCUAACGGGACUGCUCGAGGGGGUGUUCCGUCAGCACGUAUAGCCGUCUAUAAGAUCUGUUGGGAGACUUGUUCAGAUGCUGAUAUCCUGGCGGCCUUCGACGAUGCAAUUGCUGAUGGAGUCGAUAUCAUUUCUAUUUCAGUUGGAAGUUCCAACCCUUUCGAUUACUUUGAAGAUACUAUCGCCAUUGGAGCUUUUCAUUCCAUGAAGAAUGGGAUUCUAACUUCAAAUUCCGCCGGAAACGACGGACCUAGUCCUGGAUCGAUUACUAAUUUCUCACCAUGGUCGUUAUCGGUUGCCGCUAGCAGCAUUGAUCGGAAGUUUCUAACUCAGAUUGUGUUGGGUAACAAUAUCACUUACGAGGGGCCGACAAUAAACACAUUCGAGGGUGCGAUUCAUCCGAUAGUUUAUGGCGGAUCAGUGCCUAAUACCAAAAAGGGGUUUACAUCAGAUGAAUCUAGAUACUGUGAAGAAGAUUCGUUGGAUCCGACUUCGGUUCAAAAUAAGAUUGUGGUUUGUGAAGAUUUUGAUGGACCGACGAAUGCUUUGGAAUCUGGUGCAAGUGGAGUGGUGGUGGAAGGUGAUUUUGGGUACCUAGAUUCGGCCUUUGCUUACCCUCUUCCAACAACAUAUUUAAGCUCCAAAGAUGGCAGUGCCGUUCUUGGAUACAUAAACUCCACCACAACACCAAGUGCAACCAUUCUAAAGAGUUAUGAACCUGUAGACAAAGCAGCUCCAACUGUGGUUUCCUUCUCAUCAAGGGGUCCCAACCCAAUCACACCAGAUCUCCUCAAGCCCGAUUUAACCGCACCUGGAGUGGACAUUUUAGCCGCUUGGUCGAUGGCUACAACCGUCACUGGAGAAGCUGGGGAUACCCGUGUUGUCCCAUACAAUAUUAUCUCCGGCACUUCCAUGUCUUGUCCUCAUGCCACUGGCGCUGCAGCUUACGUUAAAUCGUUCCACCCAACAUGGUCUCCUGCUGCAAUCAAGUCAGCGCUUAUGACCACAGCUGCACCAAUGAGUCCAACCAAAAACCUCGAGGCUGAAUUUGCAUAUGGUUCUGGCCAUAUCGAUCCUUUGAAGGGCGUGGACCCAGGUUUGGUUUACGACGCUGGGGAAUCAGAUUUCGUGUCAUUUUUAUGUGGGCAAGGUUACAACGCCACAACUUUGAAAAUGGUGACUGGUGAUUCAAGUAGUUGCUCGGCGGCCAAUAACGCGACCGUUUGGGACCUAAACUAUCCUUCUUUUGGUCUCUCGGCUCAACAACCAGGCAACAUCGUCCGAACCUUUAACAGGACGGUUACUAACGUGGGUGCACCCGAUUCUACGUACCAUGCCAAUGUGGUUGCACCAUCAGGGCUGGUGGUGAAGGUUAGGCCGAGGAGUCUUGCGUUCAAAAGAGUGGGAGAGAAGCAAUCUUUUGUGGUGAUGGUGGAUGCUAGAAUUGGGUGUAAGAUGGUUUCCGGUUCCUUGGUUUGGAGUGACGGAGUACAUAACGUGACCAGUCCAAUUGUUGCCUUCAGGAUUUAA